AUGGAGAACCACAAUACCGCAUCCCUAGUCCAACCAGAGAACUCACUACAAAGAACAAUCAACGAAGAAACGUUAUGGCUAUCUACCGACGAGAACGGCCGAACGACAGUCCACCUGAGCUCGCGAUCCCAUCCCCCAAGCUUGAAUGCGAUUAGACUCCCAUCGGGAGUAGAGGAGGGACCCCCGAAUAGGACUGCGUGGCUACCGCCGAACUCGGCGGAUGAUUCCUACCGUCUGGGGUUGGUUAAUUUGCUGGUUGAAAGUGGAGCGAAGCUGGGGGUUGCUGAUGGCGUGGAUGUCGGUAUUCGGGGUGCUGAUAACGUGUGGACGGCCAUUUUGCAGGAUGAUUAUCGGCCGCUCUUGAAUCUGCUAUUUGGGGGUGAUUUCAAGGUCAGCAAUGAGGACUUUCGCGUGUGGGAAUUGCUGAAUACGGCAUCGGUACAUGGCCAUGAGGAGAUUGUGAGGUUUCUGAUCGAGCGAGGUGCUGAUGUUGGUGUUUCAUGUGAGCAUGAGUGGACGCCGUUGCAUUCCGCGUCGAGCCACGGACACGCGGAGAUCGUUAAACUACUUCUUGAGAACGGGGCCGAGGCAACUAUAGUGGAGAUGACGGGCGCAGUGGUCAGUGUGAACGUUGCGAACGGCUCCGGGGUCACACCGUUGCAUAUGACCUCUAAUCAAGGCCAUACGGAGCUCGUUCAGCUCCUUCUGGACCACGGGGCCAAUGUAUCUGCUGUUGAUAGUAGGGGCUGGACCGCACUAGAUCUGGCAUGUUACGGUGGGCAUAUUGAGAUUGUGAGAUUACUGAUUGAUAAUGGUGCUGAUUUAGCUGGGGCCGAUGAGAACGGCUGUACGCCGCUGCAUUCUGCCGCCGAGAAUGGCCAGCUUGAGGUGGUUGAGCUUCUGUUGGCUCGGGGCGCGGAUAUAAAUGCUGUGGAUAAUGAUGGACAUCCGCCUAUUCGUUGUGCUUCGGAGAACGGCCAUUGGGAGGUUGUUCGGGUUUUGGUCGAAAAAGGGGCUUGA